AGGGCGAGGUGGAGCCAGUUUUCCUUGCACGGAAGGGGGCUCUUCAGAGCGUACAUUGCUCCGCUUUCUUCCGGCCUGUGUUUUUCUCUGCACCACCACCUAGUCUAGCGUUUCUUUAGUCGGGGCUCAGUAUCGGGGGGGGGGGGGGGGCGGCUUUGGGGCGAAAGGCCGUUCUGCCGCCCUAUUUUGCGGCCUCCUGCAAGGGAACGAGAGGGCGGUGCCAAGGCUCUUGACGUACGGGCGAACAAUGGCAACUUCUGAAGUAGCAAAGAAGCGAAUCCUCCCAUCAUGGAUGAACAGGACAGCUGAGCCUGCGCAAAAGCAGCCAGAAGUGAGGAGAAAGAGGAGAAAAAAGGUUUGGCCAAGGACUGAGACUGUGUAUUGUAUGAAUGAAGCAGAGCUGAUAGAUGCAGCUCUUUGCAUUCUGGCUGAGAAAUGCAAGGGCAAGGAAGCGGCGAUCACAUCAUCUGAAGAUGAAGCCCAAGAGCCUCAGCAAGUCGUGGCAGAUCCUCAGAGGACUUCAUUGAGUAGAAGUGAUGGUGCAGGAGCCCAGAGCCCUGGGACCAGAUCAAAGACUCCAAACAAGUUGGAAACUUCAGCCAGCAACGAAAACACUAAAUCAGAUGAAGAUGACGAUGCUUUAAAAUAUGUCAGGGAGAUCUUCUUUAGGUAAUUUCUAACCUUAACACAUUUCUCUACAGUCUGGCCAUUAAGGAUGUUUUGAGACAUGAGGGCCACUUUGGGGUUAUAGCAGAGGGCAAGCGUACGACACAAGCACUAUGUCAUAACCAUGCAUCUUUCCAAGUUCUCUGAGCAUGGUGCUUGUUUGGAUUUUAAUAACUGAACUGCACUACUAAGGAGUAAUGAUAGCAUAUGUUUCCUGCAUGCAGAUCUGCUUGUGUUACGCUGAGAAAGAGCUGUAAGUUUUUGCUCAAAGCUCCAUCUUAAGCUGCCCUGCUUCAAGCCAGAGUCUGGGCUGCAGCCAAGCACUCAGCAUGUGGCUCUCCAGCUCUUCAGUCCAGUUUACAAAUUUUCUGAGGAUCUUGAGGCUCACCUGGCCCCCUUUCCCUCUCAGCUCCACUUAUCCUACUAGAGAUGAAUUUCCCCCCAGCUUGAUAAUUAUUUUAAAAUUAUAAGUUUCUUGUGUAAGUUGGCAACUUAAAUUUAUUCUACAGUAGAAGAGCUAAUGCUUUGCAUAGAAUUAUAGAGUUGGAAGAAAUGUCCAGGGUCAUCUAGUCCAACCCCCUGCAAAAUGUAAGAAAUUUGCAAAUACCCCACACAACCCCAGUUACCCUUGUUCCAUGCCCAGAUGAUGGCAAAACAAAAAAAACCCUCUAGGAUCCCUGACCAAACUGGCUUGGAGAAAAUUGCUUCCUGACCCCAAAGUGGUGAUCACUCAGCAUUUUCCUGGGCUUGUAAGAAAGGGCCACAAGAACUAAGCAUUGAUGCAACCCUGCCUGCCCUCCGUCUCAUGAUAUGCCUAAGUUCACAGAAUCAGCAUUGCUCUCAGAAGAUCAUCUAGCCUCUGUUUGAAAACCUCCAAAGAAGGAGAAUCCACCACCUCCAGAGGAAACCUGUUCUGUCUGCAAGUUCUUCCUAAUGUUUAGCCGGAAACUCUUUUGACUUAAUUUCAGCCCAUUGGUUUUGGUCUGCCCUUCUGGGGUCACAGAAAACAACUCCAUCCCAUCCUCUAUAUGAUGGCUCAUCAAGCACUUGAAGAUAUUUAUGAUUUCACAGUCGCUUUUCCAGGCUAAAUAUACCCAGCUCCUUCAGUCUUUUCUCAUAGGACUUGGUCUUCGGACCUCACCAUCUCCAUUGCCCACAUUCCAGCUUGUCUAUAUCCUUCUUAAAUGGUGGUGCCCAAAACUGAACAGAAUACUCUAGGUGAGACCUAACUAGAGCAAAGUGAUACCAUCACUUCAUGUGUUCUGGACACUAUACUUCUGUUGAUACAGCCCAAAAUUGCAUCCCUGGUUUUUAUUCUUGAUCUUUGACCAAAAGACAGGAAAUGUCCCAGGGGGUGGUGGUAUCUGAUAACCUUUGUUCAGUAAAUUGACUAGCUAUUUGUGAGCAACCACUCACAACAGUAAUUAAAGACAGACUGAUUCUGCA